AUGAUUGCGGAUAAAGACGCAACCGAAGAUCUUUGGGAGGCGGCGUUAAAGAAAUUUGUUGCACCCGAAACAGGCGAUAUGGUAUACUUGCUUACCUGUCCACCGUUAACUUCCAAUGCCUCGAAAGAAUGGAUCUUCGAAAUUUUCUUCGAAAAAUUCAAGUGCAAGCGCAUGGCGCUGCUACAGCCAGGACCACUCUCACUUUUUUCUUCUGGCCGGUCGCGCGGUUUAGUGGUCGAGAUUGGGCAUAGUCUGACAAGCGCCGUUCCGGUCUUCGAGGGCUUUCCGCUGGCUUACGCCACGCAGCGAAUGUUUCGAGCAGGUGGAGCAAUAACAGCGGCCCUCAGUCAGGCUCUUGCAGAGUGCUCCUGGUUCGACCGGCAUCUGCAUCUCUGCACUAUUCCUGUCAUGGAAGACAUGAAAUGCAGGCUCUGCCGAGUGGCUGUGCCAAACCUGCAUAGUCGAGUGUUGAAGGCAGAGACACCGGACUUCGAGGAAAGGGGUUUCCAACUGCCCGAUGGGUCUGUCAUCGAUGUGAUUCGAGGCCCUAUACGGGAAAUAAACUAUUCGUUCCUGCCAAUGCACUGUGUUCUCUGCCCUCUGCAGCUCGACCAGCAGGUCCGCUUUGGGCCAGCUGAGCUUCUAUUCGACGAUUCUAUAGAGGUUCGAGACACUCCGAAUCUGGACGAAGUUCCACCAUCCCUGCAAAGCGAACUGCACACGUGCGAGACACUGCAAAGCCUAGUCCAUUCUGCUAUUGCAACUACAGAUCCCGAGUUCCAAGAAGAGAUGCGGAAGAACAUAGUUCUCGCUGGGGGCUCUUCUCUUUUGAAGAAUUUCGCUAACAGGUUGCAUGGCGAGCUGUUGUGCAUACAGCCGGAAGAAAAGGAUCCUUUCUUUAUUGCUGCAGAUAGCCACAGACGAUUUAGUGCAUGGGUGGGGGGUUCAAUGCUCGCGAGUCUGGGAACCUUCGAAAAGUUUUGCAUCAGCAGGCACGAAUACGAAGAUGGAGGCAGACCUAUGGCGGACGUCAUCCACGAACGGAACGUGGGGAGGUAA